CAGCAUUGAUCUCAGAUCUUUCUCGCGUCACUCACCAGAACAAACUACCCUCACGACAGCCAACAUGUUCAUCCCCAGCGUCCACGCCGAAACCGACACGGAGGCCCUCCUCCAAUUCAUCCACGACAAUCCCCUCGGCCUCCUCAUCACCGGCAUCCCCUCCUCGGUGCACGACUUCCUGCAAUGCACGCACGUCCCCUUCGUCCUCGACCCCCCAUCGCAGAACGAACCCGCCCGCCUCCGCGCGCACAUCGCCAAGCAGAACCCGCAAGUCAAGGCGCUCCUCGAAACCGCCACCAAGGACACCGACACCAACAACAGUGCCCCGGAGAUCCUCACCCACGCCCAAGAAGUCCUCGUCGUCUUCACAGGCAGCCACCACCACUACGUGACCCCGAAAUUCUACACCCAGACCAAACCGGACACCGGCAAGGUCGUGCCCACCUGGAACUACGCCGCCGUGCAGGUCUACGGGAAGCUCUCGGUGUACUACGACUCCCGGCGCGCGGACACGGGCGCGUUCCUGGCGAAGCAGAUGCGGGAUCUGUCGGAGCGGUGCGAGCGGGGCAUCAUGGGGUUUACCGGGGAAGGGGGCCGGGCGGGCCCGUGGACGGUCGAGGAUGCGCCCGAGCGGUAUAUUGAGCUCAUGCAGCGGAAUAUCGUGGGGGUGGAAAUUGAGAUCUGCAAAGUGGAGGGGAAGGUGAAGAUGAGUCAGGAGAUGCGGAAGGGGGAUCGCGAGGGGGUGGUCCGGGGGUUUGCGGAGUUGGGGGGCGAGACGGGCAGGGCGGUUUCGGAGUUGGUGCGCGAGAGGGGGGAGAUGGUUGAUAGGGUGAAGGGGUUGUAGUUUUGUGGGAUUCUUGGGGUAUCUGGAGUUUGCGUUAUUGUUUGUAUUGUCUACUUAUAGAGUUAGGGUUGGCGCCAUGUUUUGCGUACUAUGUGUGGUUUGGAUGUAUGGAAAGCUUUGCCGUACCAGUUCAUAGGUACUCAUCUCAAUCUCAGGCCCAAUCUCUGGGAGUAACACGCCACAUUUUCGAUGCUCACUACACAUGAGCUUUACUGGG